AGCUUAUGUCGCUGUCACAGUGUGUUGACACAUAGAAAUUUUUAGAUAUUUGGAUUUUUCGUUCAUAUUCAAAAAAUAAAAUUAUUAAAACAUUUACUUCAAUACAUUACCUUAUCGUAUAUUCACAUUUGUACUUAAAUCACUGUAACAUCAGAAUAAUUUAUACGCAAUAUUGAAUGCCACUUCCUAAGCAUCGCAUUGUUUUUAAAAAUUGCGAAAAGGAGAGUCCAAUCAGAUGCCGAAGAAAAAAGGUCAAAAAAAGGCAAAGAAUUCUACAAUAUAUGCACAUAUAAGAGAACACGACCACAAUGAUGGUAAUGAGGUUAUUGAUGAUGAAGCAUAUGAAAUCAAAAAGUCAAAUAAGAAAAAACGAAAUCACACAUCAGAAAAUGAUGACCUUGACAAUCAUCCAGGUGUAAUAUAUCCAGAAAUAAUAUAUUAUCUCAUCUCGGCAUUUGUUCAUCCUGAAGACAUAGGCACCUUUGCAGCAAUUAACAAAGCUACAUACUCAAUAACAAAACGGGAAUCAUUUUGGCACUCAUUAUACAAACGGUAUUGUGAAAAUCACAUGAAAUUGCCAAAAAAAUUGCGUAUCGAGGAGAAUUAUAGAGCGUAUGGGCUACGGCAGAGAGUUAUCAGAGCUUUGUAUCAUACACAUGAUGUGUUUUUGGAGAGAACAGCGAAACAGUCCGCAUAUGAUAGCCGUCCACAUUCCCUAGUAGGAAGGAGGUGUGUUAACUCGUGGUUUACUAAAGGACAGUUGAACUGGUCCGUGUUCUUUAAGCUUAAGAAGCAAGCAGAUAUCAAUCUGAGAGAUGAAGCGGGUAGAGUCGAUGCCAAUCCUGAGGAGGGAACUAAAGUGUUGCAGGUAUUUUGCAAGACAUUGUACAAUAUGCCACCUCUAAUGGGCCUCACACUGUCAUCCGUUAGUCUCACACUAUCGCAAGGGUUUUCCUCACAGAAACUACAUCUAGGUUUCAACAAAGGCAACUCUGUGUCUAGGAAUAUUUUUCCAGAAUGUUCCAUUGUAUUGGACUCUGUUGUUAGUUUGAAUGUGUUUGACUGGUGGCAUCCAAAUUACCCGCAUUUUGAGGUGAAACCACCUGUACUAGAGAGGGAUGAAGAGUCUUCACCGGUUUUGGAUGUUGAUUUCUUUGAAAUGUGUGAUGAUGAUUUAAAUACAUAUGAACUGUGAUAAUAUAUUUUUAAAGCUUU